UUGACAGUAAUGGAGGGUAGAGUGAGCAGAGGCAGAGGAGGCAGUUGGAAGAGAGGCGGACGGGGUGGAAACGACGGUGAAGGUUCGGGCGGUGAGUACCGUGGCAGAGGGAGAGGAGGCCACCACCGCGGGAGAGGCAAGCGGGACCACCACCGGGGGCGCGGACGCGGGGGAGGCGGCGGCCGCGGUGCAGACUUCCAUCAGCGGGAUCAAGAUGACGACGAUACGCUCGAGGAGGAAGAUUACAGGGCGGAGGUGUUCUCCAGGAGGAAGCUCGAGUCAAACUGGGACCGUUACGAGGAGUCGGAGAGGCAGGAGCCCGACGACGACACACCCGUUCAGAGGGGGACAGACUACCAUGUCCUGUUAGAGUCAGCAGGAAAUUCCUUCUCUCAGUUCCGGUUUUCAGAAGAAAAAGACUGGGAGAUGAAUCCAUUCGCAACCAGUCAGAUGUCUGCGGUGGUCCUGGACCUUCCCGCUCUCGCUCAGACUCUUCAGCAGCUGCCUCUUCACCAGAGACUCAACCUGGAGGCUGAGCUGGUUCAGGUCUCGACGCCAGCAGAGCUCCCCGCCAUGCCCCUCGCUCCAAAGCCCGACGUCCCCAAAGCUUCCAGGUUCACUCCUCCGGUCACAGCGUUCAGAAAUCUCAGCACCGACCAGACGGUCCCGGAGGUUUUGGGCUCCCAGGUUCCCUCUGCCGCCGCACAGGAGGAAGACGCUGAUGAAGAGCUGGAGCAGCUCCUCGCUUUACAGAAACCGCUCUCCCACGAUGCACAGGAGCAGACGGACAGCGGCGCGGAUCGGGACGACGCUGCUCCAGAGACGACAUCCUGCAAGGAGGUAAAAGAGGAGGUUCAGAAUGAGAAGAUGGAAGAGGUUAAAGACAAAGAUGGCACGCCUGCAAAGCAGGAGAUGACGGAGGAGGACCUGGAGGACUGGCUGGAUAGCAUGAUCUCCUGACCAGCAGGGAAACACUCGGCCGGCGGAUAAAUAUAGAAACUGCACCAAGUUUUCCACACGGCGCACAAGUUCCUGGAGGAUCGGUGUGAGGUUUCUCUCGCUCACUCUUCUUUCCCCUUUAGUCUUCUUGAACCAGAGAGAGACAAUGUGUUUUGGAGAGGCGGUAACGGUAUGUUUCCAACAUUCAUGAGAAUGUGUCAGAAUGUUCCCUCAGAAAAGGAAGUCUCUGUUCUUUGUGAGAUUGUGAAAGUUACGCGCCGCAGGAGCGACCGAUACCGAAACGGGUCACAAACGACACAUUUGGUUUAUUGCGUCAGUUACUUUAUUCAUUUCUCCUCCCUCUUCAAAAGAAAUGCAGGUUUUUACCAAAGCGACUACAUUACAUACAAAUGGCCAUACAAUAGCAGUUUGUCGUCAAUAAAUCCUUGAACUGUUUGUCUCGGUUUCUACUGUGGAAAGAAGUGCAGGCGGGCAAAGACACCACACUUUUGGAACAAAACCAAACUAAGCAACAUUUACACAAGGCUUUUUUUUUUCUAGAUUUUAUACAACAAAUGUCUCACGUUCUAAAUUUUAAAAGCCACAGAAACUAGCUUCAAACUAAUCCAGAACUAGAGCACUGCUUGUGUCGGGAGGGAGAACAAUGAGUCGAUUUCUUUGCAUUGCAUAGUUUCUCAUAAGGCACAUCGGCACUUAAUAAACACCUAAAAGUGAAGAAGUGACCUCUGGUCCUCUUGGAAGAACCAUCUUGGCUUCAGCCGACCGAUUUGAACCGGUUUAAAAAAAAAAAAAGGCAAAUCGGGUCUGACUGCUUUCAUUCAGUGUUUUUCACUGGAUCAACACGAACGGCACACGUCCUGCCAGCUGGGUCGGAAGCAAAGUGACACUAAACAUCCCGGCGGUAAAUCUAGAAAUUGUGCAUAUUCAGACAUUCAUUAGUCAUGCUGUAACCCUUCACACACACACACACUCACACAUCAGAUGUUUACACACCAACAAAUUGUGCAACAGGUUAAGCAGGUGAAAAGGCAAUGUGAGUCAGGAUCAAACCGAAAGAUCUGCAUAAAAGAGGCGUCGUGGCGAUUUUUCAGUCACGAGAAAAAGAGGGCUCGAAUGCACAAACGCAAAACGUCCAAUCAUGAGCUGUACGUCUUCGGAUCAGUGUGUGUUUGUGUGUCUCAAUCAGAAUUCGUUCCAAGUUGUGUUCUUUCUUCUCUUUUUUUUUUUUUUUUUUUUUUUUUUUUUGACACCAUGGCAGCGUGUUCAGUUUCUGUUAACAGGGUGAAAUUCAGUUCAGCGUCUCUUUCGGAUAGAAGGAAAGUAGAGAGAGGGGGCGUUCAGGGCAGCAGACGAGGCUGCCCACUCUAACCCAGCUGGUCCUCGUAUUGCUUCCGGAAGCAGUCUCCAGUCGGGAAGAAGUCCCAGCAUCGCUCCUGGUACAUCUUCCAAAC